AUGUUUCCUCUCAUUAUCCACUCGGUGAAAUCCAUUUCUCCCUCAUCUCUCCAUCACCUCCUCCUCACCUCCCCCUCCUCUCUCCCUCACACACCUUUCCUUCAUCCUCCUCUUACCUUCCCCUGCCCUUUCUACUCCACCCCACCCGUCUCCCUAUCUUCUCACACCCACCUGUCUGCCCCAUGGGAGCAGGCAGCAGAGCAGUACCUGGAGAGCAACAGGGUGGGCUUUGCAGAGCCGUGCAAGGGCACAGAGCUUUACCUGCUGCCCGUGGGCAGCGAGGGGGAGAACCUGCUCAGAGCCAACGGCUUCCUGCCCAAGCAGGCGCUUCCUGCUCCACCCACUGCUGCUGCUGCUGCUGCGCCUGCUGCUGCUCUGCCUGCUGCUACGGACGUGGCUGCUGAUGCUGCUGCUCCUGUUCCGGGCGCUCCUGCAGCUACUCCUGCUUCUGCUGCUGACUCUGCUGCUGCUGUUGCUGCUGCAGCGGAGACAGCUGCAGGGCAGGCUGUGAAGGAGGAGGCGGUGGAAGCAGGAGUUCUGAAGAAGGAAGAAGGUGCAGCAGAGACAGCAGGCGGAGCAGUGACGUCUGUAGGGGAUGCUGUGGUGGAAGGAGAGUCAGCGGGAAUGGGAGAGGCAACACCGACUGGUGUGGAGACAGCAGGGGAAGAGGCUGGGGCACCAGGAAUGAGUGAAGAGAGAGGAGAAGCAGCAGCAGCUGCUGCAGGAGGGGAGGUCAGUCCUGCAACCACUGCCAUCGCCACUGCAGACACCACACCACCAGAAGCCGCACCAGCACGAUUGGCAGCAGCACCACCAGAAGCAGCAGCAGCACCAGAUGUAGCAGCAGCAGCAGAAGCAGUACCCGAUGUAGCAGCAGCAGCAGCAGCAGAAGCAACACCAGAUGUAGCAGCAGCAGCAGCAGCAGCAGCAGCAGCAGCAGCAGCAGCAGCAGCAGAAGCAGCACCAGAAUCAGCGGCAACAGCAGCAGCAGUUGUCUCUGCAGGUGCACCUGUUGCGCCAUCCGCCCCAGCACACACUGCACCUCCUGCCACAGAGACUCCUGCAGGUAUGGGUACUGAGGGAGAAACCAGUGGAGCCCGCACUCAGUCAGAGCAUGGGAAAGAGCCGACAGACUCUGCUCUUGUGACCACUGAAGCAGCCGGAGAAGCAGGAGCAGCUGGAGGAGCAGCGGAAUCAGCAGCAGCAGCAGCAGCAGCAGCAGCAGCAGCAGCAGUAGGAGGAGGCUCAGAUGCAACUGCACUGAUUGUUUCAGGGACCGUCUCUGCAGCAGCCGCUACUGCUGGUUCUGCUCUGACUCCCUCGCCUGGCUCUGCCUCUCUCAGGUUCUCCUCGUCUGCUGUUGCGUCUCUGACAGCUGGGGAGCGUGUGCUUGCUCUUCCUGCGUCCGCUGUCAGUAAGCGGGAAUCGGGCUAUAAGGUGGAUGAUUCUGCAGCUGCAGCAGCGGCUGCUGCAGCCGCUGCAGCCACUCGAGGUCUAUCAACUCAUUCCUCCAAGGCUGCAGUAGCAGAGUCCCCAGCCAAGUUCCCUCCACCAGACGCCAUACCCCCACACGCACAUCGGCAGGAGGACAAGCCAGACAGGUUCCGGCAUGGUGCAGGGCACGGGCAUGAGUACGGGCGAGAGAGAGACCGCGAGCGGGAGCGGGAGCGGGAGCACGGCCGGGAACACGGGUACGGCUCGUUCCAUUCAGGCCAUGGGCAUGGGCCUUCACCCGUUGCGCUUCGCCGCGCAGGCAGCAGCGGGGGAAGUGGGGGCGGUGGUGCUGGACCUGGUGGGUAUGGAGGAGGGGCUGCACAUACCCCUCCUGCCCCACGCUCCCGCCCUCCCAUGUCACCCGCUGCUGGUCCGAAAUCGGGUCCUAUGGCUGCUGUGUCUCCCCGCCUGCCAACGUCGCCCACUCCUGCUUCUGCAGGGUGGGGUGGCCGAGAGAGGCGAGAGGGGAGGCGGCGAAGGGGACGCGGGUGGGAUGAUGGUAGUGAUAGGCACCCGGGCGGGGCUGGUGCUGCUGGGAGGGGUGUUGGUGUUGCUGGUGGGAGGUUGGGAGGAGGAGGAGGAGGAGGAGGAGGAGGAGGAGGAGGAGGAGGAGGAGGAGGAGGAGGAGGAGGAGGAGGAGGAGGAGGAGGAGGAGGAGGAGGAGGAGGAGGAGGAGGAGGAGGAGGAGGAGGAGGAGGAGGUAUGGAUGAUGAUGAUGAUUUACCUGAGUUUGAGUUUGAGCAGCCGGUACUGCCACAGCAGCAGCAGCAGCAGCAGCAGCAGCAGCAGCAGCAGCAGCAGCAGCAGCAGCAGCAGCAGCAGCAGCAGCAGCAGCAGCAGCAGCAGCAGCAGCAGCAGCAGCAGCAGCAGCAGCAGCAGCAGCAGCAGCAGCAGCAGCAGCAGAGUGAGCCAUCACAACCACCACUGCCCCCAGUCCGGUCGCGUCCAUUCCCCCUGCUGUGCCUGCGGCAGCGCCUAUCCCUCCCCAGGGAGGUAUGGUCCCAGGAUCUGGAAUGGGGAUGGGAGCAGGCAUGGGUGGUGGAGGAGGUGGGCCUGUAG